AUGGCUCGAUUACGGUCGGUUGAGCUUUACAGCAUUUCCUUUCUUUUAGCAACUAUCGUUUCUGCAUACCCUAAUCCGGAUCCUUCGCCUGCUCCAUACCUUGGUGGUUUCAAAUUGAAUCUCCCUGCGCCAACAACUGCACCAUCUAAACCGAAAAAAUAUGGGUUCUACGCACGAGACGACACCAGCGAUACCGCUGUUGAUACCGCCGUUGACACUGCUGUCGACACCGCUGUUGACACAACGAUUCCACCUAGCACCACAAUCCAAGCAGUUUCGACAUCAACGUCUCUGGUUCCCGCUAGUGUGUGUGGUUAUAUAGAUGGCGUUUGGGACGACUACUACAGUCUCGUCUAUUGUGGAGAUUCAAAUGAAUGCGUUUUCCAUACAUCAGACGCCAAAUACCCAGGCCUGGUAGGCUGUUGCAGUGGCAGCGAUCCUAAUAACUGCUUAUACGAAACAACUUGUUACGACGGCGGCGACCUAGCCGCUACACCCAGUGCUACCGCCGAUAUACUCGCUAUUACCUGCACGGCCUCCGGCUCCGGAGCAUGUCAAACAAUGGUAUACCCCGACUUAAACAUUACUGGUUAUGGAUGUGCAGAGACCGCCGAAGUUAUCAGUAUCUAUACAGAGGCUACAUAUGACCCCACUACCGACGUCAGCCUUUGGGAAGAAUACCCUACAGUCGCUUAUGUUAGUGCAUCCAUUGUGGAUGACGAGUGGAUCGAUAUCUUUAUUUCGGGAACAGCUGCUACUGCCACCACUGAAGUAGCAGCAGGACAAGCAGUUACUAGUACACCUGGUUCUUUCUCCAAGACAGCAGACCCCAGUGCUUCCGCUUCCGCUUCCGCUACAGCUGGUGGCUCGGGCUCAAGCUCGAACUCAGGCUCAUCGAACAAGAGCUCUAACAACACUGGUGCCAUUGCAGGUGGUGUUGUAGGUGGAGUAGUCGGUGCAGCUGGUAUCGGAGCAGCAGCAUUCAUGUGGUGGCUUCUUAAGAAAAAGAAGGCAAACGAUGCUGCCGCAGCUGGCACAGCUGGCGAAACCUCACCAGCUCUGGGUGGCACACGAGAAGCCCCUUCAAGUGUCUUGAUGCCCCCUCAAGAAGUGGAAGGGAGUACGUAUGCGAAUAACCUGAAUGCUCAUGAGGUUGAGGGCACUACCUACCAGCACUACGCUGAAGUGGAUGGUUACAGCGCCGGUCAAAAGUUCCCUAUGGCAAUGGCUGCUGCGGGCUCGACGGAUAUGAAGCCCCAGGAGAUGGACUCAAAGAACUUUGUUGCGGAGUUACCAGCUCACAGUGAUGAGGCGCGCCCUUUUUCGAGUGAUAAUUCACGACCGGGGACACCGGAUUCUGGUCGACGGAACUGA